AUGGCGCUCCCCAUGCGGACUAGUUUGAAGCGUCUCCACAGGUUCAUUCACACGUUCUGUUCUCCUAACAGACCGCUCUGCUCUGCAACCUGCUCCGGAACCAAGGAGCCUCCAUCAGGUGGGCGGGUGUUCUCGGGGAUCCAGCCGACGGGGGUGCCCCACCUGGGCAACUACCUGGGCGCCCUGGAGAACUGGGUGGCCCUGCAGAACCAGUAUCCCUCGGUGCUCUACAGCAUCGUGGACCUGCACUCCAUCACGCAGCCCCAGGACCCGGCACAACUCCGGAGCAACAUCCUGGACAUGGCGGCCAGCCUGCUGGCCUGCGGCAUCGACCCGGAGAGGGCGAUCCUCUUCCAGCAGUCUCAGGUGUCGGAGCACGCUGAGCUCUCCUGGAUCCUCGGCUGUCUGACCAGCAUGCCCCGCCUCCGACACCUGCCUCAGUGGAAGAUGAAGAGCAAACUAAAGAAUGAAGGCAGCGUUGGUCUCUACACGUAUCCCGUCCUCCAGGCCGCCGACAUUCUCCUCUACAAGUCGACUCACGUCCCCGUCGGAGAGGAUCAGGUCCAGCAUUUGGAGCUGGCUCAGGAUCUGGCUCGCAUCUUCAACAAACGCUACGGAGACCUGUUCCCCGAACCCGGAGCCCUGCUCAGCUCCACACGAAAGGUCAAGUCCCUCCGCGACCCCUCCGCCAAAAUGUCCAAAUCCGACCCCCAGACGAUGGCGACCAUCACCAUCACCGACUCCCCCGACGACAUCGCCCUCAAGCUCCGCCGCGCCGUCACCGACUUCACCUCCGAGGUGACCUUCGACCCGGAGACGCGGCCCGGCGUGUCCAACCUGGUGACCAUCCACGCCGCCAUGGAGACCAUCAGCGUGGAGGAGGCGGUGUCCCGGGCCCGAGGGAUGGACACGGGGGUCUACAAGAAGCUGGUCGCCGAGGUGGUGAUCCAGAGGUUGACCCCCAUCAGGGAGGAGAUCCGGAGGCUGAGGGAGGACCGGGCUCACCUGGAGGAGGUGCUGGCUCGGGGGACUCGGAGGGCCCGGGAGCUGGCUGCUCCGGUGCUCAUGGAGGUCCGACAGAGGGUGGGGUUCUGCUGAGCGGACGCUUUAAGACUGCAGGAGGUCCUCGGUUCUUCACUGCUGCUGAUUUCAGAUUUUAUUCCAACGACAGAAUAUUCAAGGAUCAUGUGACAACAAAGUGUUCAGUUCACCUGCAGAGAAACGUCGUGUUCAGACACAAACUUUUGGUUUUGUUCUACACACUUGUUCUGACGACGUUGAACUUUUACUCAUCUCUUGAGUUUUGGCUUUACGAGUUUCACAAAAUACCACACGAGUAAAUCUGUUUCCUAUUCUCCUUAUUAUUUUGUUGUCAUCAGAGCUAAGAGUUCUUAGCCAAACUGUUACUCCACCAAACUAAGAAUAUUUAACAUUUGCUAAUUUAGUGUAACAGUUUUCAAAUAGAUGGUGGGUUUGUUGAUGUCACAAGUCUUGAGCUCACCACAAAAACAUAACACAAAGAAAUGAAACUAGAUUCAUACACAUAAGAUUGAAACUGAUCCGAUUCAAACAUUACUAUUUAUGAUUUCCUGUGACUGUGACCAGAUUUCUUUAAACAAAAUUCAUCACAAGUGCUUUAAAAAAGCCCCAAAAUGAGAUAUUUGAAAAUACAAAUAAAGAAAACUCAAGAAAAUGCACCCCGACUCUACAAAUAUACAGAAUAUAUCAGAGGCGGAGUUAAAAGCUAGAGUAUAAAUACAUCAGUAGCACUUUGAUGUUGUGUAUAUGAGCAAUGAAACUAUGAGAGAAGACUUCAGAUGUUCUAUGUUGCAACAAGUGGAAGUUGAAAAUGUUUGAUGGGCUUAAAGUAAUAACACCACAGAGGAGAAAUACUGUUAAAUGUAAAGAUCCUGCAAAUGUUAUCCAAGUAAAAGGAUAAAAGUAUCUGCAUCAAAAUAUACUUAAAGGACCAAAAGUAAAGUUUCUCAUUGUGCAGAAUAAUAUAUAUAUUAUAUUAUUAUAUUAUAGUUAUUGAUGCGUUAAUGUGUUCAUUGCUUGAAUGUUGCAGCUGAUAAAGGUGGAGCUCAUUUUAUCUACUUCAUUUACUGCUGGCUAGUUUGAUUUAGAAACAUAAUGGAAAAAAAGAAAGUACUUUGACUCAAUUCAUGUUGUUGAAAUGUCCGAUCUUCGACACAGAUUGAGGUAACUCAAAUACUUUGAUUCUGUAUUAUGUCUUUUUAAUCUGAGCAGUAUGAAAGUGUUUCCUGGUUCAAAGUCGUACUGAUGCGUCAGCGUGGUGGAAUAAAACCAUCGAUACAUUAUAACCUCAGUGACUGAAUACAUGAAUCGUCUGCUGAUCUUCAGCUGCUGCAGGGAAACUUCAGGACUCAUCAUCAUCUUCAUCUUCUUCAUCUUCUUCAUCAUCACAAGUCAUGAGGCGUCGACAGGUAAAAGAUUUCAGAGGUAAAGACUUGAAGAUGAGCUCUGAUGUUACGGUGAUGGAGGAGUUUGUGUUUUGGGACGGUGGUGUUUGAUUAUUUCACCGUUUAGUUUAUUAAUUAUUGAACCAAUUAAUGAGAAUCGUUUAUAUUUUUAUUGUAUAUUUGCGGCUCAGCAUUUCUGUUUAUGUCUUGAACAGAUGAAUAUUCUGAGCGAUCACAAACAAGCCAACCCAUUUUCACACGUACUGUACUUAAGGACAAAAUUGAGGUACUUUUACUUUACUUGAGCGUUUCAAUUUGAUGUAACUUUAUACUUAAGUAGAAGUAUUUUACUCCACCACAUAUAUUUCAUAACUUAAGUUCAUAACUUUGCAGAUUUAGAUCAAUAAUACACAAUAUAAUCAACAAAUACAUUAUGAUGUGUUCCUACAGGUUAAGAUAAGCUACCAGCUGUAUAUCAAGUAAUUAAAAUUUGCUUUAACAACUGCAACAUUAAUGUGAUGAAUGCAUCAAUUAUUAUUAUUGUGAAAUUGGAA